AAAUAUGCCCCUCCUCUGAUUCAGAUCUUCGCCCCAGCGUCUCUCAUUCGUUAAUAAAGUUCUCUGAAAUUUUUAUCUCGAUUUGCCCCUCCGUUCAUUCUCAGUUCAAGUCACCAUGUCGAUGGCUGCUCUCUCUCGCACUCAUCUUCUUCAGAAUCCUAAUCAUCACGUUAGCACCUUCGCCACCCACAACAAUCAUUCCGUCGUCACCUCUAUACGCCCCGCCACCGCCGCCUCCGUCAGACCCAUCUCUAUCAAAUGCGCUGCCGUGCCGACCACCACCCAAACCAACGACCGUCCGCCAGCUCAUGCCUCAUCCCAAGAUCGUGUCUUUAACUUCGCCGCCGGACCCGCCACCUUGCCGGAGACCGUGCUCAAGAAGGCGGAGUCGGAGCUCUACAUUUGGCGCGAUUCCGGCAUGAGCGUGAUGGAAAUGAGCCAUAGGGGUAAGGAUUUCCUCUCCAUAAUCCAGAAGGCAGAAUCAGAUCUGCGCGCCCUUUUGGAUAUUCCGCCGGAAUAUCAUGUUCUGUUCUUGCAGGGCGGCGCCACCACACAAUUUGCCGCCGUGCCGUUGAACCUCUGCAAGCCAGAUGAUCAGGUUGAUUACGUGGUAACUGGAUCGUGGGGAGACAAGGCGUUCAAGGAGGCUCAGAAAUUCUGUAAACCCAAUGUAAUCUGGUCUGGUAAGUCCGAGAAGUACACCAAAAUUCCAAGUUUCAGCGAAUUAGAUCAACUUCAGAACCCGCACGCAAGUUAUUUGCAUAUAUGUGCAAACGAGACAAUUCAUGGUGUUGAGUUCAAGGAUUAUCCAACCCCAAAGAAUCCAAAUGGUAUUUUGGUCGCUGAUAUGUCUUCAAAUUUCUGUUCAAAACCUGUGGAUGUUUCUCGAUUUGGUGUGAUUUAUGCCGGGGCUCAGAAAAACGUAGGGCCAUCCGGGGUGACGAUUGUGAUCGUCAGGAAAGAUUUGAUCGGAAAUGCUCAGGAUAUCACUCCGGUGAUGCUUGAUUACAAGACACAAGCUGAGAAUAACUCACUGUACAACACUCCACCCUGUUAUGGAAUUUACAUGUGUGGUUUGGUAUUUGAGGAUCUGUUGGAGCAGGGCGGUUUGAAAGAGGUUGAGAAGAAGAACAAGAAGAAGGCUGAGAUUCUGUACAAUGCCAUUGACGAAAGCAAUGGGUUUUACAGAUGCCCAGUGGAGAAGUCCGUGAGGUCAUUGAUGAAUGUCCCGUUUACGCUGGAGAAAUCAGAGUUAGAAGGCGAGUUCAUCAAGGAAGCAGCCAAAGAGAAGAUGGUUCAGCUCAAGGGACAUAGGUCGGUGGGUGGGAUGCGAGCUUCUAUAUACAAUGCAAUGCCUUUGGCCGGGGUUGAGACGCUGGUGGCUUUCAUGAAGGAUUUCCAAAGCAGGCAUGCCUGAAGCUGAAGCCACAUUCCGUGAUGAUAUCUUUUAAGAAUUUGAACAUAUCUUUGGGAAAUUUUGGCUUAAUACGUAGCAGGUUUUUUACUUUAAGGUAAUGCGAUGCUUUAUUGCUGAGACGGGGGUCAAUUAAGUGAGUGUGGGGUAUGAAUAAUGAUGAGUUUGAUCGCUUCGGAGUUGAAAUGUAAGGCAAAAAAUGGGUUGGCAGUGUAUCACUUUCUGAGAUGAUUUCAAUUCAGCAGGAAGGAAAAAUUUGCUAGUUUGUUUGUUUGCUCUAUAAGCCUGUAUGGGUUAAGUCCCGUCAGGUUGGAUUUGGACAUGCUAAUUUCGGACCUGCCUUUAACUGGCCGUAACAUUUAAUAUAGGAUAUUCUCUACUAAA